AUGGUUUUAAUUGGGUCCAUGCAUAAGUUCGAUGUCAAGUCAGACGAGUGGAUUGUUUAUCAAGAACAAUUAGAGCAAUUUUUUGAAGUAAAUAACAUAAGGGACACCCAGACGGACAAGAAACAGGUUGCGGCGUUAUUGAGUCUAAUUGGCUCAGAUACAUACAAAGUCUUAAGGGAUCUAUGCACCCCCAGUUUACCAAAGUCGAAAUCAUACGAAGAAUUAUGUAAGCUAUUAAAGGCUCACUUUUCACCGGCGACUUGCCUCUUUAGGGAGCGCAUCGAUUUUUAUGCUGCUGCGCAGGAGGCGAACGAAUCGCUGAACAAAUGGUACGCCAGGAUUCAUAAUCUUGCAACAAAUUGUGAAUUUGGCACCAAUUUGAAAUCAGUCCUCCGGGAUAAGUUCGUUUGCGGUCUUCAAAAAGGGAAAAUAAGGGACAGGUUGUGUGAGGAGAAGCCAGGCGAAGUAACUUUGGAGAAGCUAAUGGAGAUUGCCCUUAGUAAAGAAGCAACAUUGUUAGCAGUAGAUAAAUCAGUAAAUUUAGUGAAGUCGAAUCCGUUUCAACUGAGGCAGAAGGUAUUCCAGCAGCGUCAGACCCCAUCAGGCAACUCUGUGGAGAAGAAAAUGGGAAAAUGGAAGUGCACAGCUUGUGGAAGACUUCACACCGGACAGCAACAAUGCAGGUAUGCGAGCUACAAGUGCAACAGCUGUAAUAAAAUUGGACACUUAUCAAAGGUAUCAAUUAAAAAGAGGGUGGAGGAUGAACUAAAUACUCUUCAAAGGGAGCAAGUUAUCACUCCAGUAGAAACUUCAGAGUGGGGAACUCCAUUAGUACCGAUAAUCAAAAAUGAUGGUUCACUCAAGCUCUGUGGAGACUACAGAUUGACCGUUAAUAGAUAUUUCAAACAAGUGCAAUAUCCAUUACCUUCCGUAGAAAGUAUAUUAAUGGAAUUAAGCGGGGGCGAAUCGUUUACGAAGUUAGAUUUAAGUUAUGCGUAUAACCAAAUCAGCGUAGAUGACGAAUCAGCCAUGAUUUUAACUUGGACCACACACAAGGGGUUAUUUAAGGUGAACAGGUUACCUUACGGCAUCACGCCAGCCAGCUCAAUUUUCCAAAAGGUACUAGAACAACUACUGCAAGGCAUUAAGAAUACGGCAAAUUUCUUAGACGAUAUCAUUGUAACCGGAGCAACUAGGAAAGAGCACGUAGAAAAUCUAAAAGCAGUUCUUAAAAAACUGAACGAUGCAGGGUUUAAGCUAAACAAAACUAAAUGUGCAUUCUUUCAGGAAGAAGUCAGCUAUUUAGGUUUCACAAUUUCAAAGUAUGGUAUAAAGAAAAACCUGGAAAAACAACGAGCGAUCAUUGAAGCACCCAGACCUUCAACGAUUACCCAAGUAAAAAGUUUUGCAGGUAUGGUUAACUAUUAUAGCAAAUUUGUACCUAAAUUAGCAAUAUUAAUGCGACCUAUAUAUGACCUAUUGAAGCAAAAUCAAAAAUAUAAAUGGACGUCUAAUUGUGAAAAAUCAUUCAAAGAAAUCAAAAGUAUUAUUGCGUCUGAUCAAAUAUUAGCUCACUUUGAUCCUAACUUACCCAUAGUUGUACAAACAGAUGCGAGUCAAGACGGCAUAGCAGGAGCAUUAUUUAACAAAAAUAAAAAUGGAAUUUUGAAGCCAGUGGCGUUCAUUUCGAGAUCGUUGAUGCCGGCAGAAAAAAAUUAUUCGGUUUUAGAUAAGGAGUCUCUGGCAAUUUACUGGUCAGUCAAGAAACUAUAUCAGUAUUUGAUGGGACAACAGUUUACAAUCCAAACGGAUCAUCGUCCGCUAGUGUCAAUCCUAGGCGAAACCAAGGGAAUUCCACAGAUGGCAGCUUCAAGACUUCAACGUUGGUCAGCAUUUCUUUCGGGAUUUUCAUAUAAGCUGGAAUAUAUUAAAGGCGAAAAUAAUAAUGUAGCAGACAUGCUCAGUAGGCAUCCUGUUGAUAUUUGUUAUAUUUCCAAAGGUCAAGAUGUAAAAUCAUCUCAUCUAAAUAUGAUCAUAUCCGAAAACUUACCGGUAGACUACAAGAAAGUAGCAUUGGAAACUAGAAAAGAUGUGGUACUUUCUAAGGUGUAUAAUUACCUAUCGGUAGGUUGGCCAAGCAAGGUGGAGGAGCAAACAUUAACACCAUAUUUUAGAAAAAGAUUAGAAUUAACUCUGGAGCAGGGAUGCGUCAUGUGGGGAUACAGAAUAAUAAUACCUACAAAAUUUAGACAACAAUUGCUGGACGAAUUACAUAGUAGUCAUCUGGGGAUAGUCAAAAUGAAAUCCAUUGCCCGAGCAUACUUCUAUUGGCCAAAUCUGGAUAAGGAUAUUGAAGAAACGUGUCGAGCAUGCAUACCUUGCCAGACAAUCGCAAACAAUCCACAAAAAUCAGAGAUCAUGAGUUGGAACAAACCAACAAGACCGUGGCAACGUAUUCACGUGGACUUUUUGGGUCCUAUUAAAGGAAACACCUUCCUAAUAGUAUUAGAUGCAUUUAGCAAAUACCCAGAGAUCAAGAAGAUGGAAAGAACGACAUCGGAAGAGACAAUUGAAAAAUUCAGGGACAUUUUCAGUACUUGGGGAAUACCGGAAACAAUAGUCUCUGAUAACGGACCACAAUUUGUGUCGACGGAAUUCAAAAACUUCCUCAUAAAAAAUGGGAUAAGGCAGAUUACAUCAGCACCGUAUCACCCAUCUACAAAUGGAGCAGCCGAAAACGCAGUCCGAACGUUCAAGAAAUCAUUAAAGGCAGCACUGUUAACUCACAAACAUAAUAUCACUCCUAGUUUAGUAGUUAGUCGAUAUUUACUUAACUACAGGAACUCUGUGCAUUGCGCCACAAAUGAAACACCAUCGAAACUCAUGAUAGGCAGAAAUGUUAGAACUUUAUUCAACUUACUUCAACCGAGGAGGGAGAAUAAGGAAAAUAAUGGAACGGGUAGACAUGAAACCUUUCAAGAGGGGGAGACAGUUAUGGUUAAGGAUUACAGAGAUAAAAACAAUACUAUCUGGAUCAAAGCAAAAAUUUCUCAAGUGCUAGGGAAGAAAAAUUACCUUUGCAUGUUACUAAACGGUCAGACGUGGCGAAGACAUCUGGAUCAGAUUCGGAAAUUCGGGUUAGAGCUGAACCACGACAUCGAGAAGACCUCGGAAAACCAUACAACUAAAGUACCAAGCCAACGAUUAGAAGAAAAGAGUUCAACCUCCACUCCUCAAACGGAAAUUAUUGACGAUGUUCAGGACGAACAAACAGUUGCAGAUUCUAAUAUAACUCCUUUAGUAAAUGCACAUGUUGAAAAUGUAAUUACAAACAAUUCGGGUAAUUUACCAGAAACUAUAGGUAGUAAUUAUAGCAGAAACAAUUCUGGAACUAUACCAGAAGCAAUAGUUAGUAGGUCAGGUAGGAAAAUUAAGAAACCAGAAAUUUUCAAAGAUUUUGAAUGUACUUAA